GUUGGGAAGACAUCACUAAUUAUGUCUCUUGUCAGUGAAGAAUUUCCAGAGGAGGUUCCACCACGAGCUGAAGAAAUCACCAUUCCAGCUGAUGUCACCCCUGAAAGAGUGCCAACCCACAUAGUGGAUUAUUCAGAAGCAGAGCAAAGUGAUGAGCAGCUUUACCAUGAAAUAUCACAGGCAAAUGUGAUUUGUAUAGUAUAUGCUGUUAACAACAAGAAUUCUAUUGAUAAGGUAACAAGUCGAUGGAUUCCUCUCAUCAAUGAAAGGACAGACAAAGAUAGCAGGCUGCCUCUUAUAUUGGUUGGAAAUAAGUCUGAUCUAGUGGAAUAUAGCAGUAUGGAAACCAUCCUUCCCAUUAUGAAUCAAUAUACAGAGAUAGAAACAUGUGUAGAGUGCUCAGCCAAAAACUUGAAGAAUAUAUCCGAGCUAUUUUAUUACGCACAGAAAGCUGUUCUACAUCCUACAGGUCCUCUUUAUUGCCCAGAGGAGAAAGAGAUGAAACCUGCCUGUAUUAAAGCACUCACUCGCAUUUUUAGAAUUUCUGAUCAGGAUAAUGAUGGUACUCUCAAUGAUGCAGAGCUCAACUUCUUUCAGAGAAUUUGUUUUAAUACACCACUGGCACCUCAAGCUUUGGAAGAUGUAAAGAAUGUAGUCAGGAAAAACCUAAGUGAUGGAGUUGCAGAUAAUGGAUUAACAUUAAAAGGUUUUCUUUUUCUACACACACUUUUCAUUCAGCGAGGAAGGCACGAAACAACUUGGACUGUUUUACGUCGCUUUGGAUAUGAUGAUGACUUAGAGCUUACACCAGAGUACUUGUUCCCUCCGCUAAAAAUUCCUCCGGACUGCACGACAGAAUUAAAUCAUCAUGCAUAUUUGUUUCUUCAAAGCAUUUUUGAUAAACAUGAUUUGGAUAGAGAUUGUGCUUUGUCUCCUGAUGAAUUGAAAGAUUUGUUCAAAGUCUUCUCUUAUAUGCCAUGGGGACCUGAUGUUAACAACACUGUUUGUACAAAUGAAAGGGGGUGGAUUACAUACCAAGGAUUUCUCUCUCAGUGGACACUAACCACGUACUUAGAUGUACAGCGUUGUCUGGAGUACCUGGGUUAUUUAGGCUACUCGAUACUUGCAGAACAAGAAUCUCAAGCAUCAGCAAUUACAGUAACAAGAGAUAAAAAGAUAGACCUCCAGAAAAAACAGACUCAGAGAAAUGUUUUCCGAUGCAAUGUUGUUGGAAUGAAAGGUUGUGGGAAAAGUGGAGUUCUUCAGGCUCUUCUUGGAAGAAAUCUAAUAAGACAGAGGCAAAUACGUGCAGAACACAAAUCUUACUAUGCCAUUAACACAGUCUAUGUAUAUGGACAGGAAAAAUACUUGCUGCUACAUGAUGUCAGUGACUCUGAAUUUUUAACUGACAUGGAGACCGUAUGUGAUGCUGUCUGCCUGGUAUAUGAUGUCAGUAACCCUAAGUCCUUUGAGUACUGUGCCAGGAUUUUUAAGCAACACUUCGUGGAUAGCAGAAUACCAUGCUUAGUGGUAGCUGCCAAGUCUGACUUGCAUGAAGUUAGACAGGAAUAGUUCUGCAAAAAACACAAAAUGCCUCCACCUCAAGCCUUUACUUGUAAUACGGUUGAUGUGCCGAGUAAGGAUAUCUUUGUUAAACUGACAACUAUGGCAAUGUAUCCGCAUGUGACACAAGCGGACCUCAAGAGCUCUACGUUUUGGCUCCGAGCAAGUUUUGGUGCUACUGUCUUUGCAGUUUUGGGUUUUGCUAUGUACAAAGCAUUAUUAAAGCAACGAUGAUCUGAGAAGAAGCACAUCUGGCCCUACCAAAUAAAAAAACCACUUUUAUGUAAAUUCUGAAUGCUUUAAAUUCUGCUAGAAAUAUUUAUAUAUGCAGAGUUACUUUAUUAAUAUUUGUAAUUCAUGCAUCAGAUUAUUUUAAAUUAUAGCUCUAACUACAGUAUUGCAUAAUGCGUGGAAGAAAAGAUUGCAUCUUAACAGCCAGCUAAAAUGGCUUAACUUGUGAGGCCAAAAGGGAAUUUGUUGUAAAUAACCUGUACAUAUUAAAGCAGUAAGACAUUGCUUCCCAAAAAGCUAUUCAAAAUACUGUUCUUGAAUGUUUCACCAUGGUGACAUACGAGUGUAUAGUUGAAAUUAAUUUUCGGUUGAGUAGGUUCAACUCAAGGAUCAUACUUCCUCAAGGAUUGCUUAUUUAUUUCACAUUCAUCUGAAGUGAUUUCAUCUUUUUUGGACUAUAAGCUGUACCAGGCAGAAUUUGUGAUUUUUGUUCUUACCUAUUCUUUUUAACUGAUGAACAAAUUUCCCCACUAACUAUGUAUUUCAAGAAAAAGUCACUGUUGCUGUCCUGGCCUAUGAUUUUGUAUGUUACAUGACCAGUGACAUAUUUAGCAGUCUGAUACUUCUUUUAAAAGGAAAACCAUACAUUUAAAAACCUGCCAGAUCAACUUCAUACGCUGUGUGUAAUUCGUGUUCUUCAUUUUCCACUGUUGUGUUUUAUAACCCUUAUGAAUCAGAAGAGCAAAUUUGUAUAUUAUAAAUGUUUAUAAUUCAAAAAGUGGUGUUGUUUAAUUUCUCACAUCUGUCAAUCAUACCUUUUGAAAGCUGUGUAUAAGAUAAAACUAAAAUAGUACACAGUGCCUAUUCUACUGUAGUAUAUUAGUUGCAUGGAUCACAGUGCAUUCUGUAACUGGCUAGAAUUACCGAUAGACACAGCUUUUUUAACAGUCAAGUAAAUCAAACAUUAAUUCCUCAUGACAAACCUAUUUUUCCAUUGCUGGCCUUUUCAAAUAUUUCAAUAAAAUAACUGUGUACUGUG